AUGGCCUUGAACGUCGGAAACCGAAUCAGAUUCCUGAGUUUCGUGAAGCUUCCACGCAUCCCUGCUUCACUAUUGAGAACCCACAAUCAUAGUAGCCUCUCCGCUCUCCUUCACCAUCGAAAUCCUCCUGAUAUUCCGUUUCGUCGCCGUUGCAUCUCCGUCGUUCAUCGUCGCUCUCCUUCUCUUCUUUGGCUUCGAUCAUCUCCUCCUCUGUCCUCCAUGACCACUCAGGCUGAAUCUGGAGCUCCCCAGCAAUCGGAUUCUUCCAAAACGGUGACUCCUCCUCUUCCUUGGCUUUUUGAACACAAGUUGAGAUUUUGUUUGGUGAGGAUGGUGAUAAAGGGAAGAGUACAGGGAGUGUGCUACAGAAACUGGACUGUCGAGAAUGCAGAGGAGCUCGGGAUUAAGGGAUGGGUCAGGAACCGCAGGGAUGGUUCCGUGGAAGCGCUCUUCUCUGGUCCACCUGAAUCUGUUGAUGAGAUGCAUCAGAGGUGUCGCCGUGGCCCUCCUGCAGCCAUGGUUACUGGAUUGGAGGCUUUCCCUUCUACUGAAGAAGCAGGAACAAGUUUCGAAUACAGAUCAACCCUCUGA